GUUUCCGGUCCACCGCGAGGCAAUCGAGUAUGGAAGUGUUUCUGUCCCCCUUAGAGUCUGCCAAGUUUAUAGCGAGCCAUAGUAAAGAUGUCUCCGUGGACGAGGAGGGGGCGCGGCGGGUGGCGGAGAGAUUGUUUGACAAAGUCUCGGCGGAGGAGUUCGGUCUGGCGGGAUGGAAGAGCCUCCACGAGCUGAACCCCCGAGCCGUCAGCGAGGAGGCGGUCAACUGGGUGUUCCUGGUGGAUUCGCUCAACUUCUCCUUCUGGUCCGAACGGGAGGAGCACAAGUACCUGGUGAACUACAAGGGUAAAACGUAUAGCGGCUACUGGUCCCUGUGCGCCGCCGUCAACAGGGCUCUGGACGACGGAAUACCUAUUACCAGUGCAUCAUAUUUUGCCACCAUGACGCUUGACCAGGUUAGACAUGUAUUUCGCUCUGACACAGAAGUGCCCAUACCUUUGAUUGAAGAAAGACAUCGUGUGCUGAAUGAAAGUGGAACAGUUCUGUUGGAGAAGUUUGGAGGCUCUUUCCUUACCUGUGUUAAAAUGGGUGAGAAAAGUGCUCAGAAACUAUUACGUCUAGUACUGGAAAAUUUUCCUUCUUACAGAGAUGAAGCUGUAUUUGAGAAGAAAAAGGUGUCUUUCUACAAGCGGGCACAAAUACUUGUGGCGGAUACAUGGAGUGUACUAGAAGGCAAAGGAGAUGGCUGUUUUGAUGACAUUUCUAGUCUGACUAUAUUUGCUGACUACAGAAUUCCUCAAGUUCUUGUUCAUUUAAAAGCAAUGAAGUAUUCUGAAGAACUAAUGAAAAAACUACGCGAAGGAACGGUUUUCCAGUCUGGAGAUAAAGAGGAGGUGGAGAUCCGUGGCUGUUCCAUUUGGUGUUGUGCAUUGGUUUGUAAGCACUUGCUGGAGCUCUAUGAGAAGAAGGGCCAGGACAUGCAUGGAAAGAUCAACGCAGUUUUACUUGAUUAUUAUCUUUGGGACUAUGCCAGGGAUCACAGGGAAGACAUGAAAGAUAUUCCAUUUCACCGAGUGCGGUGUAUAUAUUACUAAGUCCUGUCUGGUUGCUGUUGAUGUCUGAAUUGCAGUUACUGCUUUCAUGCUGUGGUUUGUCAUACUCUGUUUUGGUGCUGGCUAAAUCAAAUGGCCAUUUUCUGAUGAUAAGGCUUGUAGGAGAGCAGAAAGUACCUAUGGAAAGUUUCAGGACAAGAAAGAACAACAGGCCACUGAUAACAGAAGAAUGGCCUGAUGAAAAAGGAGAGCUGACUGCAGUAAACAACCUGAAGUGUGAGACAGAAGGACACUUGCCUCCAUGCUGGAACAGCUCAACCUGAUAUGGGAUGGAAAUAACAAUGGACAGCUGUAUAUCAAAGAAGAAAAUCCAAUUAACAACACAGGUGCAAAAAUGUCAGGGAAUUGCUUAGCCUGCUCAAAUUUUCCUAUAGAAACUGCUUGUUCUGUACCAAUAA